CAUUCCUAUCAUGCCUAUCGUGCCCAGGAGAGAACGCCUAAAACGCGUAAUCAUCUUUGCCCAAAGACCCCUCCAUAGAUCUGUCCGGGGGUGAUGCGGGGUACCCUACUCGCCCUCUCCAGGCACUUUGAUCCCUAAUCGGACAUGAAAAUAAUCAUACACGACCACAAUUAGAGAUUCUUGAGAUAUCACUGCACUGCGUCGCCAGCAAUACUACCACAAAACCGCGUCGUUCACAUCAAUGACCAACAUGUUGGACUGGAUCGAGACUCCUCGCCUCUCAUUAUCAUAGCUCUCGAACUUGUGCGCUCGCCGGCUAGGCCAUGGCCUUUCCUCACCCACAAGGGCUUAUGCCCACCGAAGUGGCCUUCCUCUGCGAGAUGGAACAAGUUACCAUCGUGCCUCGACAGCGGCUGGACCGAUUGGAUUUGCUAGGUGGACCAACCAAUCCACUCAUCCCACCUCAACGAAGCACUCUACCACUAUGGCUUGCAGUUCUACUGAAACGACAGCGACGCGCCAACAUUGUACCUCCACCGUGGCUACACACCGACAGUUUAACAGAGAUCCUCGAAAACGAGACACGGCAUUUCCCUACCACUUUCUCACCUGCACCUCCUAUGCCUUCAACACGAGCAUCCGAUUUCGACGGCAAGGCAUUUUACAUUUCAGCGCCCUUCCAGGAAUCAUGUACUGUGAAUACUGUCCCCACGGCUCUGCCAUAUCAUUGGUUUGAAAUGUCAGAGAUGCUUCUCGACGCUGCUGCUGAUGACGUCGCCGACCCCGAUCGAGUGCGACAACUGCUUCGCGAUAUACGGGAAGUGCGUCUGGCUAAGAUGAGGAAGGGCGUCCAAGUCCUGACUGGUGAAGGCGAGGGGACUCGCUUAGACGGUGUCGGCGCCAUGGAGGUGUCUGAGUCCAGGGGUUUUAUUACUGGUGUCAUGGACGGCUUGCGCAAGAUUGAUGCCAGUAGAGAGCAAGCCAGACGUGAUCGUGACGAAGAAGAGAGGGAUAAUCGCAGAUACAACGAUGUAGAUGACGAGGAUGACGAUAUGACUUGAGAGAAUUUGGUCCUACACCACACUACACUACCUGGAAUCUCAUCCGUCGUGGCUUCAUGCCAUGCAUGGAAUGAUGCUUUCGAAUUGGGAGAGGGAAAAUAAAAAUUAUAUACCUGCUUGCACAUCU